GAGAGGGAGAUGGCGCAUGUGCUGCCAGAGCCGUUUCUAGGCCCUAAGGAAAAAGCCCUGGUGAAGAUUGCGACAAAGGGAGUGGUUCGGCUCUUCAAUGCGGUCAGCAAGGCCCAGAAGGUUCAGAAGCAAGCUUCCACCAAAGAUUCGGAUAAAAAGACUAAGGCAGCAUUCCUGACGGAACUAAGAGGCUCAACAGCAACACCUGGCAUUGGUGGCAUCGGUGGUGCUGCUGCAAAGCAAGGAGGCAAGGCUAAGCCAGAGGCUGCCACGUCAGCAGCAGCGGCAGCAGAGGAGCCGACGUGGUCCCUAUUGGCCGAUAGCUUUCAGCUGGGGCAGUCGAAUCUCAAGGGGUGGGACAAGGGCGACGAGGUGAGGACUGAUAGAGCGGUGUGA